AUGGAUGUUGGUGAGGUUGAAAACUUAUCAGGGAAUUGGUAUUGUACCGAAUGCGAAUACAAGCGUAAGCAACGGAAAAACACUAGCUCAGCAGCAAAAUCAUCGUCCAAAUCCCAGCAAUCAUCUAUUCCUGCGUUAUUCGCAAAGCUGAACCAUGACUUGACGACCCGGAUUCCAAAGAUGUUUGAGCCACCCAUGGAGAUUGUGAGAUACUUUGAUGGAGUGACCAUGGAUAAGAAUGGCCAAUACGUCGAUACAUCUAUUAUCAAAUCAUCAAAAUCCACCAGAACCGAUCCCAACGAUGACCGCAAACUUAGAGACAAGGACGACAAUUUCAUUUGCUGUUUUCGGUGUCGAAAAACGGCCUCGCGCAACAAACGAAUAGUAUCUUGCGACUAUUGUCCGCUUCAUUGGCACAUGGAUUGCUUGGAUCCUCCCAUGACAUCUUUACCAAACCCAACUCGCAAAUGGAUGUGCCCCAACCAUGCAGAUCACCUUGUGCCAAGGAUACGGCAACCACGCAUUCCGAAAUACGUCGACGCCUCAUCAGACACACCCAACAAUGGCGUAGUGACGAUUAUCGAUGAUGACAAAAGUUCAACAAAGAGCACGGAAGCAUCUUCUUCAUUACCCGACGCUCAGCAUGAAAAGGACUCCAUCAUCAAAUACAGCGAUGUUGUUUAUCGGUUACCAGCAUCUAGUAUCAAGCUCGAUUUUUUCAGCCAUAUUGCAAACAUGCGAUCUAGAUCCAAGCGGAAAGAGACAUCAUCCUCUGCUCGUCCUCCAUCACCAACAAAAGAAGAAAUGAAAGAUUGGCUUGAAGGACUAACCAGCUUCCAAUCUCAAUUGGCAACGUAUAUCGAAAAAGAAUUAGACACAUCAUCCUCUUCUACAACAACCGAAAAAGGUCUCGACAUGCUCACUCGUGCUAUCCCUGACGAUGAUCAUACGUCAUCUCAUUUUGUGCCAGAAGAAUCUGAUCAAACAUAA